AUGGCCGACACAGAAUUUGAAGAAUUAAAUAAUCAUCAAUUUAUGCCUGAUGAUGUUAGAGCAAAAGCUCAAAUGUACACUUAUUGUGACGUCGAAGAUACGUCAUGGGGUAAAAUAGUUCACUGGAGAAAAGAUGAAAAUAUAGGAAAUGUUAUGGGAGGAGGAGGAGGAGGAGGUGGAGGUGGAGAAAGAAGAAGGAGAAAAUUACCGGAAAUACCAAUUUACAGAAAGACCGUUGUUGCAAAACCAUUAACACUAGCAGAAGAAUUAGGUUCGAUAUUGGAAAAGACAAAUAUAGAAAAGCCAAAUUUCGAUAUUGGGGGUCAAACGAGACCCCUGACGAUAUUAAAAUGUCACAAUUAUCUACGUGACGAAGAUAGUUCGCCGGAUUCUGAUAAAUUUCACAGCACGGAUGUCGAUUCUGGAAAUUCAACUGCCCAUUCACCUGAUUGUAUAAAAUCCGUAUCGCCCCAACCCCCCAACAACCACAACAACCACAACCAUAACAAUUCAACAUCGCCUAAUUCUCCAUCGUCUUCGUCACCUAUAAAACAAAAUCAAUCAUCAUUAUCAUCGUUUACAAAUUUGGAACUUUUAGAUCCUACACAUAGAGGUCUCCACAAGUUUAUAAGAAGACAUCACGACGAAGUUGAAAUCGAAAUCGGUGAUCCGAUAUAUGUACAUAAAGAAGCAGACGAUUUAUGGUGCGAAGGUGUCAAUUUAAGAACGGGAGGACAGGGAAUAUUUCCAUCUGCUUACGUCGUAGAUGUCGAUUACGACGAUUUCGAUCCGAGCACGCCCAAAGUGAAAAGGGAAAGGUUCAUACUCGGGUAUUUAGGUUCCGUGGAAACUUUGUACCACAAGGGAAAUUCGGUUUUGUGCCAAGCGGUUAAAAAAAUCAAAUCUAAAAAUUAUGCCCCCCAUUCGUGUAUAUUAGAAAUAUCGGAUACGGGUUUGAGAAUGGUCGACAGGAAAAAACCCCAGAGAAAGGAAAUACCUUGUCACGAUUAUUUUUAUUCGUUAAAAAAUGUUUCAUUUUGCGCAUUUCAUCCGAGGGACCAAAGAUAUUUGGGUUUCAUAACGAAACAUCCCCAAUGUGACAGAUUUGCGUGUCACGUUUUUAUCGGUAACGAUUCGACGAGGCCCGUUGCCGAAUCUGUCGGGAGAGCUUUUCAAAGAUUUUAUCAAAAAUUUAUAGAGACUGCUUAUCCUGUCGAAGAUAUUUACAUAGAGUAA